AUGCUUCCGAUCACUGCCUCGUGGCUUCUUGCCAUCUCUGCUGCCGGUCUGGCCUCUGCCACCAAGAAGAGUGCCGGCUGUGGCUCCGAUAACGAGAUUCCUGACCUCGGAGAACGUAUCACGUACGAUCUCAAGGCCAACGAGAGUCGUUCAUACAUGUUUUGGCUGCCCGAGCAGUACGAUGGAGAGACACCGCUUCCCGUCAUCAUCUCGUACCAUGGCGUGAGGCAGUCGCCAGCCAAGGAAGCAAACCUCGACUGGUUCACCGACCCGGCCUAUAACACGGGCCAGAUUGUCGUUUACCCCCAGGCCGUGGAGGCGCCAGGCACCAACGAGGUCAUGUGGCAAGGUCCCAAGCAGGCCACCCAGGACGACGUGACCUUUACCCUGCAGAUUCUCGACGAGAUGGAGGAGCUCUUUUGCAUCGACACGGACCGCGUCUACGCGAGCGGCAAGUCCGAGGGCGCGGGCUUUGUUGGCAUCCUGGCCUGCAACUCGACGUCGAACCAGCGGUUCGCCGCCUACGCCCCCGUCUCGGGCGCCUUUUACCCGGGCAACAAUGACGAGUCGACCAAGGGCUGUGAGAAGGAGGUGCCCAUCCCUUGCGACCCGCAGCGCUGCAACAUCCCCUUCCUCGAGUUCCACGGCGAGGCCGACUUCCUCGCCCCCUACGACGGUGGUCUGCAGCGCCACGAGUGCCUGCCCAACAUCCCCGACUACAUGCAGGAGUGGGCGGACCGCAACGAGCUGCCCAGCGAGCCCGUCGAGACCUACAACCUCACCGACGUCGCCGUCGUCUACAAGUGGAGAGAGGACGGCUUGGUCACCCACGUCUACGACGGCCCCAAGGUUGGACACGACUGGCCGUGGACCGUCGAGAACCCCGAUACCGUCCGCGCCCACAGCAAGCCCUGCACUUUCAACGCCACAAGUUACAUCUUUGAGUGGUUCGCCAACUUUACCCUCUCGGAUUCGACUGGUUGCAGUAACAGCACCGAUGAGGACUAA